ACGCUUAACGAAAAAAAGAUAUAUUUUAAUAUAUUUAUUUAAUUAUAUUUAUUGUUUUGUAUGUGUGUGUGUGAAAAAUGGUGGAAACGGCAACAACAACAACCAUAACGCGUGCCACAAUCAAUGUGCCAGCAACACCUGCCCCUGCCACGCCCCCAACAACAAUUGCAACUGCAACUGCAACUUCAACUGUUGGUGCUUCUUCUUCAUCCUCUGUUGGUGCUGUGGUGCAACGAAAUGAUGAAACAACCCGACACAUUUUCAAUUUGAAAAUUAUUGUUUUUCUCUUGCUGUUGCCGUUUGUUUUACUUGCCGUCGGCCUCAAGCACAUCUUGGAUUAUCUCUUUGCACUUGGACUCAAAGAGAAGGAUGUCAGCGGCAAGGUGGCAUUGGUGACAGGCGGCGGCAGUGGCUUGGGUCGCGAAAUUUGCCUGGAGCUGGCGAGGCGAGGUUGCAAGGUGGCUGUGGUUGAUGUCAAUUCUAAGGGCUGCUAUGAAACCGUGGAGCUGCUAUCCAAAAUUCCCCGUUGCCAAGCAAAGGCCUAUAAGAAUGAUGUGUCCUCGCCACGCGAACUGCAGCUGAUGGCUGUGCGAGUGGAGAAGGAACUGGGUCCCGUCGAGAUACUGGUCAACAAUGCUUCCCUGAUGCCAAUGACAUCGACGCCGCAUUUGAAAAACGACGAGAUUGAUACUAUUCUGCAGCUAAACCUCGGCUCUUAUAUUAUGACCACAAAAGAGUUUCUGCCCAAGAUGAUUACAAGGAAAUCAGGUCACUUGGUGGCAGUCAAUGCACUAGCAGGACUGGUGCCGCUGCCUGGCGCCGGCAUCUAUACAGCGACCAAAUAUGGCAUUAUGGGAUUCAUGGAAGCCCUACGCGCGGAACUUCGCCUUUCCGACUGUGACUACGUGCGGACAACAGUCGCCAAUGCGUAUUUGAUGAGGACAAGCGGCGAUUUGCCACUGCUAAGCGAUGCGGGGCUAUCCAGCGCUUAUCCUGGCCUUCCCACGUCCUAUGUGGCAGAGAAAAUCGUUAAGGGAGUCCUUUUCAAUGAGCGUAUGAUCUAUGUGCCCAAAAUAUUCGGCAUCACCGUUUGGCUGCUCAGAUUGUUGCCGACCAAAUGGCAGGAUUAUAUGUUGUUGCGACUCUAUCAUUUCGAUGUGCGCAGCGCACACUUGUUUUACUGGAAAUGAACAGAAAUUUGCAAGAAAAACAGUCAUUAUGUGUUGCCAUGGCACCUAGCUGACUUUUCCAGUUUUCAAUUAAGCUGUAGACAGUUGUAUUAGCAUAAAUUUUAGAUAUAAGCAUUAUGUACUAUUUAUUUUUUAUAAAUCAAAAUUCAAACUAAAUCCAAUUAAAUCAUUUUUCUG